AUGGCAACCACAACCACAACCCCCAGCCUGCCACCGGGAUACACCCUCCACACGGGCUACCCGCCCGUAGCCGAGUACCGACACCUCCGCUCCGCCUCGGGAUUAACCCCCGUCACCGAAUCCCAGGCCGCCGCCGUCGCCUCGGGCAGCUGGUACGGCUGCUACGUGACCUUCGGGGCCGGGGAAGCGGCGGUGGCCAUGGGCCGCGUGGUCGGCGACGGCGCGUGGUACUUUGUCGUCGCCGACAUGGCCGUGCUGCCGGGGCACCAGCGCCGCGGCCUCGGCGCCGCCGUGCUCGCCGAGCUGGUCGCGCGGAUCCGCGAGCAUGCCCCCGAGGGCGACCCUUAUGUCAGCCUGCUGGCUGACCCGCCGGGUCGGAGGCUGUACUUUGCGAACGGCUUUGUCGAGGCUGCGCCUGCGGAGAUGGGCAUGGUUUUGCCUAAUGAGUGGCGGCGGGGUUGA